ACUCUGGGCCCGAUGAGGCUACGGCGCAUGCGCACAACGUUGCUUCCGCCUUUUUCCCGGCCCGGAGCUCACCGGACGCCUUUGCGAGUAGCCUAAAGCGAGCGGCGGCGCCCGCGGGAGCGGAGCGAGGCGGCCGCGGUGCGAUGAGGCCGCAGCAAGCGCCCGUGUCGGGCAAAGUGUUCAUCCAGCGAGAUUACAGCGGUGGGACCCGCUGCCAAUUCCAGAGCAAGUUCCCGGCCGAGCUGGAGAACCGGAUCGAUAGGCAGCAGUUUGAAGAGACUGUCCGAACACUGAAUAACCUUUAUGCUGAAGCUGAGAAACUUGGGGGCCAGUCGUACCUUGAGGGGUGUCUGGCCUGUCUGACUGCCUAUACUAUCUUCUUGUGCAUGGAAACACAUUAUGAAAAGGUUCUAAAGAAAAUUGCCAAGUUCAUUCAGGAACAGAAUGAGAAGAUCUAUGCUCCUCAGGGCCUCCUUCUGACCGACCCCAUUGAAAGAGGACUAAGAGUUAUUGAAAUUACCAUUUAUGAAGACAGAGGCAUGAGCAGUGGAAGAUAAAACUGUGGAGUCUCAGCAGACAGCUCAACAGUGGACUUGAUGUAUCAGUUCCCCUACCUCCUACUUUAGAGCAUCAUUCCUCUUUCUGCUGCCAGAUCCACAGUGCCAUUUUCUACAGGGACUGACUUCCUAAAACUACUCCACGUGGUGUGACCCAGCUGGUCAGCAUACAUUUUGUGGCAAAUUAUUGAGCAGUGAGAUCUCUCUUAAGUUUCUCAAGAAAAACCAGAAGUGGUGAAGCUGUGUAUUCCUCUGACAGAACCGCUUUGGCCCGACAGAAGUCUAGUCAUGUAAAUGUGGUGCAGUUCCUCCCUACUUCUUAAACCUUUCCAUACGUUGAUUGGGCUUUGGAAACCUACAAGGUGGAAUGGAAUUUUCCAGAAGAAAGGCUUUCCCUCAGGUUCAGUAUUUCAGUGAGGGGGAUACGUGGUGCCUCUUCCUGGUGAGAAGUGACUCAAGGCAACGAGCAUUUUAAAGCAUUGUGUGCUGAUUCUUGUGGAAAACUAGAAGGCAAAGAGUUUCUUGUUUUAAUGUUUUGGUUAUUCCUAGAAGAGAGGGAGGAAUAGCUGGACUUUAUUCUGAGUGUUUUUUAUACUGCUGUGUAUGUGCUGUUAUUGUGUCUGUCAGUGCUGAUCAGAAGAGGGAGUCUAUUCAUGGAUAAAACAGGAAGUACAAUAAAAUGGAUGCCGAACCAAUAAACGUAACUCUUUCCCUACUCUGAUUCAUAUGUGAAGUGUAAAACUGUUUCUUUAUGAAUUUAUUAUAACUUAGAGGAAAAUGCUGAUUCGACAAACUUAGCUGUUGUGUGAGAUGGUUUCUUAACUCUUGUCUGCUGGCACACUAUUGAGAAGUAGAGCUGUGCAUUAUUUCGUAUGUUUGUGCAUUAACAUUCCUCAGCAAUACCUAAAAGCACGGUUCCUUAAGGAAAGGAUGUUUGGAUUUCAGUUCUGAGUGCCAUUAUCCAAUUGUGGAAGGAUUUCAAGAACUUAGAAACUGAGAAAUUGUACAGAAGUGAUGUUUUUGGCUUUUGGUGGUGCUGUAGGUGCUACCGCGUCUGAAAUUCCAGGCUUGUUCCUCAGCCACUGGGUUCUGUUUGUUUGUUUGUUUUCUUUUUUGAGAUUGAAUAUUCUCACUGUAUAAAACUUGUUUUUUCUAAACUGUAACAGUGGUUGCCUUUCAUGUCCGUUGCAAUACUGGCAGAAGUACUAAUGGAUCAGUAAAUCUUUUCUUAAACUGUG